AUGGCCAACACAAACAACUUCUUUCAGCCCCAGUUUCCAAAACUCAACAAGGAGAACUAUAAAAAUUGGAGUAUUCAAAUGCAAAUCCUAGUAGCCUCACAAGAUUUGUGGGAGUUAGUGGAUCGACGAUAUAAUGAGCCAGUUACUCUCACAGAUGAAGGAAAUUUAAAUGAUGCUCAAAAGAUGACGUUAAAAGAUUCAAGGAGGAGAGAUAAAAAGGCCUUGUAUCUACUCUAUGGAAGCAUUAAUGAGUCAAGCUUUAAGAAGAUUUCAACAGUAGCAACCUCUAAAGAGGCAUGGAGUAUUCUUCGCAAUUCAUACCGCGGAUUUGAGAAGACGAUCAGAGUUCAACUCCAGAUGUUACAUGGCGAAUUCAAGAUGCUGCACAUGAAUGAGAAUGAGUCAAUUUCUGAGUAUUUUAACAGAACAUUGGCCAUUGUUAAUCAGAUGAGAAGAUACGGAGAGCAGAUGAAAUCUCUUCAAGUGAUAGAGAAGAUUCUCCGAUCACAGAGUCCCAAGUUCGAGCACGUAUUUGUAGCAAUAGAAGAGUCCAAGGAUCUCAGUGCCAGGGCAACCGAUGAGUAG